AUGUUCACAGAUACUGAUGGGAUUGUAGACCUCCUUCCCCAUAACAAGAACCCUCUUGCGAAGCUUGCUGAGCGAAAACGCGAAUCUACUGUCCCCAAUCCUGCAGUGACCCAGUACAUCGAAGAACGGAAGGUCACUCUGCGCACACCGUUGGUUGAAGCAGAUUGUCGCAAAUGGCUCAUCAGCCAAUUUCAGGAUUUACUGGUCUGGCCUGAUGAAAGAGAAGCAGCUGAUAUGGUAAUUUUCGACAGUUUCCCACAGCCACCCAAAGUGGCGACAGAGCUCACAGAACGUACAGCCCCAGACGCCAAAGUGGUCACAGAGCUCACAACCGGGUCAGACUGUUCAAAAUAAAUUCAAUGGUUUCCAGCUCAACGGCCUCAAUCUUUUUAAAGUGUUGAAGUCUACUAGUAGUACUAGUACUUAGUACUUAGUACUUAGUAGUAGCAGGCUCGGAACUUCCUUUUAAUUGCUAGCUUGAAUUUGCACAUUGUCCCCAAUUACGAUACAAACAUUAUAUUCAACGAAAUACCAAUAUAUAGUAGUAGU